CAGGAUGAACCCCAAUGUCACCUACGCCAGUCGCAAGCGGCGGAAACCUGUGCAGAAAAUUGUGAAGCCGUCCCCAGCUGAAGGAGCCAAAUCCAAUCCCUCCAAGAGACACAGGGACCGCCUGAACGCGGAGCUGGACCGCCUGGCGAGCCUGCUGCCCUUCCCGCAGGAUGUCAUCGCCAAGCUGGACAAGCUCUCUGUGCUUAGGCUUAGCGUCAGCUACCUGAGAGCAAAAAGCUUUUUUGAUGUUGCAUUGAAAUCAUCUAGCUCUACCAGACCAGAAAGAAAUGGCAUUCAGGAAACAUCUAGAACAGGAAAGUGUGGAGAAGGGAUGCAGAUCCUGGAAGGAGAACUCCUAUUGCAGGCGUUAAAUGGAUUUGUGUUAGUCGUUACAGCAGAUGCUCUGGUGUUUUACGUCUCUUCCACUAUCCAAGACUACUUGGGAUUCCAACAAUCAGAUAUUAUACACCAGAGUGUAUUUGAAUUGAUUCACACAGAAGACCGACCUGAGUUUCAACGACAGCUACAUUGGGCAUUAAAUCCUGCUCAGUCAGGAGAUUCUGGACCAAGUGUACAAGGAGAUAAUGGCUUUUCACAGCCAGCAACCUAUUAUAACCCAGACCAACUUCCUCCAGAGAAUUCUUCCUUUAUGGAAAGGAAUUUCAUCUGCAGGUUACGAUGCCUCCUGGAUAAUUCAUCUGGAUUCCUGGCUAUGAAUUUUCAAGGACGAUUGAAGUUUCUCCAUGGACAAAACAAGAAAGGGAAGGAUGGUGCUGCUUUGUCUCCUCAGCUUGCACUGUUUGCAGUAGCCACUCCCCUGCAGCCACCAUCCAUCCUUGAGAUACGAACCAAAAACUUCAUCUUCAGAACUAAACACAAACUGGAUUUCACACCCACUGGCUGUGAUGCAAAAGGAAAAAUUGUCCUGGGAUACACUGAAGCAGAGCUGUGUAUGAGAGGAACAGGAUACCAGUUUAUUCAUGCAGCUGACAUGCUCUAUUGUGCUGAAAAUCACAUCCGAAUGAUGAAGACAGGUGAGAGUGGAAUGACUGUAUUUAGGCUUUUAACCAAAGAAAAUCGAUGGGCCUGGGUGCAGGCAAAUGCACGGCUUGUCUACAAAAAUGGAAGACCAGAUUACAUCAUUGCCACGCAAAGACCUCUUACAGAUGAAGAAGGGGCAGAACAUCUACGGAAGCGUAACAUGAAGUUGCCCUUCAUGUUUGCCACGGGAGAGGCUGUGUUGUAUGAAGUAUCUUUCCCUAUGUCAAGCCUUAUGGACCCCUCUCAACCGAAGAGUAAAAGCACAGUGGGAAAAGGAGCCAAAGCAACGCUACACGAUGACUCUGUGGAUCCAAACUCCCUCCUAGGUGUCAUGUUAAGGCAAGACGAGUCUGUUUAUCUCUGCCCUCCAGCCUCACAUAAACUUUCUUUUGAGCGGAACUUCUUUGCAGACAGUAGGGAUGAGCUGGGUGGUGUUGUUAGCGGUGGCUGGACAGACAAUCUCCUACCUGCUGGAAAUCACAACAUUCUCAAACGGGAGCUGAUGGAGUGUUCCCAGGACAGUACUGUUCCACUUCCUGAAGACAGUGCAGCACUCUUUCAGGAUAACAAAACCAGUGAUUUGUACAGCAUCAUGAAAAAUCUGGGUAUUGACUUUGAAGAUCUAAAGUGUAUUCAGCAGGAUGAGGAGUUUUUUAAAACUGAAUUAUCUGAUGUGGAUGAUAUUGGGGACAUCAACAUAACUGACGAAAUCCUGACUUAUGUUCAGGAUUCCUUAAAUAAAUCUGACUUCUUAUAUUCAGACUGUAACCAGCAGCAGCCCUUGGUCCAGAAUGAAGGUUGCAUGGUACAGCAAGACUUAGGUCCACAUCAACUUCAUCAGCACCAGAAGCAGCUUGUGGAACAGCAACAACAGCAGCAGCAGCAACAACAGCAGCUGUGUCAAAAGAUGAAACAUAUGCAAGUCAAUGGGAUGUUCACAAAUUGGAGCUCUGGCAUGCCUCUUAGCUGCUCACAGCAGCAGCCCCAGCAAUACAUGUUCCCUGGCAUGCAUGCCAGUACAUCUGAGUUCUCUUACAAAUCAGAAGUUAACACUUCCCCUUAUGAGUGUAGGCAAGACUUUGUUCCUUACAAGCAGCCCACAACGAUGAUGCCACAGCUCUCUAAUUUUUCUCAAAUGGAUUUUCCUGCAGCAGGUUUUGAUGGAUCGACCUAUUCUGCUUCUUCCAACUUUGAGGAUUUUCUCAGUUGUUUGCAGCAAGUCCCUGAAAGCCUUGAGUGUGGGAUAAACUCUGAGUCAGUUAUGCUGACUCCUCAAACCUGCUAUGCAGGCGCCGUUUCCAUGUACCCGUGCACGCAGGAGGCACAGCCCAGCUGCAUGGAUCAAAUGCAGUAUGAUCCUGUGAUGACAAAUCAACAGCAACAACCCUUGGGGAACAAGUUCCAAAAUGGUUUCAAUGGAGGAAAUGUAAAUGAAUCAUAUCCCUCUCAGUUAGAUGUGAUCAGUAAUGCACAGACUGCCACACAUCUUCAGCCUCUUCAUCAUCCAAAAGAACCCAGAUCCUUCUCAGAUUUGGCAUCUAGUGGAUUUAUGUGAUUCAGACCUAGAGCUCCAUCUGUGAUUUUGUCUGGGCAUCAGGUUGCUCUGAGGAAAAGCUUGAUAUGUCUCUCUUUGAGUGUCAGACUUGAACAGCUAAAUUACAUUUUGAGAAUAUGAGGCUGGUUGCACUAUAUACGGGUGGAUAUGUAAUUCAAGACCUGGCUUCUUAGAAUGACAGGUGGAAUUAAAUCUUCUGAUUUAAAGUAUGCAUGUGCUGUUUUCCAUCAGGCUGACUGUGUCCUUGCAGUAUGGAUUGCAUACAUACUACAGACUAUGUCAUGCUAUACAACAUAAGAUAAGGCAAAUGGUUUUGUUGUUUAGAAAAUAAUUGGGCACUUUACAAAUAGCAUUGAUGGCACAAGGAAGGUGAUUCACAUGUGGAUUAUUUCCAGACUUUAUUUUUUAAAAACUAUUAAAAAGCUCUAAAUUCAUGAGAAUCAAAAGCACUUAGUUUUAAUGCAUACUAAGCUCUGUAAUCACUUAUUUUAUAUUUGAAUCCUUUUGUUUUAAGUCUCCAUUUCUAGCACUUUAAUAGAAGGCUUAAUACAAGGAUAUGAUAUGCAACUUCAGGUUUCCUAUGAAACAGACCCCUUGCAUUCCUCCUUUUCAUGUCAACCUUAAGUGCCUCACAAUUUAGCUACCUUGUUUCUGAUGGGAGCUUAUUUUGGCAAAACUCACUAUAAAUGUCAUCUCUAGUAUGUGAACUUUUAGCUAACAUCAACAGUGCUACUGGCUGCAUCUUUUUUUCUUUCCCUCUAACAAUUAUUUGUUUAGAAAGUGACUUAAUUCAUCUGUGGAUUUGUUACACUAUUAUCAGGAGUUGUUAAUGUUCUGAAUUUAGUUCAGCUAAAGAAUUUGAGUUUAUUCUAUACUGCUUUUCUGCUUUCUUCAGGUAAUACAGGGUAUAUUAAAAAAGCAGAUUUUGCUGAGGGGGAGGAGCAGAUCCUCAGGAUUAGUUUUAGAUUAUUAAUGCUGAAAAACAUGUGCCUUAUCUUGUGUUAAAACGCUCAUAAUGUUCUUUAGAGAUAAUACAAGACUGCUCUAUGCAAAUAUUUUCAUUAAAAUGGAUAUUGAAAAGGAUUGCAUUUUCAAUAAUAGGGGUAAGGGAGUCUCAAUAGUGAUUGGCAUUGACAUAUAUUUUGACUGCAAUUUUCAAUGUUAAUAGUGGGGAAAGGGUCAGUUUGGUUUCAGUUUUAUCCCUGGCAAAUUGCACUGCAAAGAACAGAGAGGUUAUUCUUCUUGUGUAUGUUGAUCCAUUUGGAAAGCUUUGUGUAAACUAUGAAUUUGGGGAAAGAAGAAAAUCGUUAGAGAAAUUCUCCUUGCAAUAGGUUUUAUUUUCAGGAGAAAAACCCAAACUAAACAUAUCCACUAAACAUUCUGGGGUUUUGUUUUGCUUUUAACUGAGGACUGUAAAAUUGCAGACACCAAUGUUUGGUGCAAAAUAAUAAUCUACAUGAAAAAUACAGAAAUGUGUAUAUGUUCAAAAUAUGUCAUACUUUUGUGUGUUGUAUAGUUCAUAUAUAAUAAAAUGUCUUUGUAAAAUAUUUUAAACAGCUAAUUUUAAAGUAUUACAUCGUUAUAUGUUAAGAACAAUUUUAUUACAUUUGUUAUAUAUAGCGUAAAAUUGCAAUUUAGCCAGUUUGUUUGAAACAGGCAAAAGUAAAUUGGCUCCCUCCAGAUAGUUGUUAAUAUUAAUAAAGGACAAUCACUUAAAAUUGGAAUCCUUUCCUAGCUGAAACAUGCUUUCUUUGAAGAAGAGCAUAUUUUCUUCCAUUCUGUGUGAUGUGAUACAUGAUGCCAAACUUCUAUCUCAGUUACAGCUUUUCAGAUUAAUAAAUUCAGCAGUUUUUUUAAGUGAAAUUAGCAUAUAUGAAAGGGAUAUUAAAGAAGAAGUUCCUAUUCAGGAGAAGCCCAUAAAGACAUUGUGGGUUUUAUUAUAAGGUCACUUUUUUCCCCCCGUGUUUCAGAUUUUGUCUUCUGCACAAGACAAUAGUAACAAAUUCACUUUCUAUAAUUUGAAUUAAUCCUUGAUUCUGUCUUUUUUUAAUUGAAGGUGACGUUUUAAGCCAACAUCUGAAACGUCUUCCAUAUCUAGCUAGUGUGUCAUGUUUGCAUUUGAACUGGAAAAUUAGAAAAAUGCUGUAAAACCAGAAGGUUGAAAGGGAUAAUAUAUGUGUUUCAUCUUACAAACCAUUAUAUAUCCUGUUUAUGAAUUUAGUUAAACCAAAUACAUGUUGUCCUAUCACUAAGUGCCAAGGAUGCAGUACUACAACAGUGCUGCCCUACUUAAUGUAAACAAGUUAGUUGUUUAUAUGCAUAUCAGCGUAUUUUGUGCAUUAUCUUAUGCGUACAAUGUUGACUCUAUUAGUGCACUCUUGAUCUGCACCAAACUGUACCUACAGUGCACAGGUGUUUCUGAAUUGGAUCUCUAUUAGCCCUUCAGGUCUGUUAUAAGUAAGAUUAUAACCCAGUGUUAGUCAGUAUUACUGUCCAUUUUUGUACAAGUUUUCUUUCCUUGUUUUCCUUUCCAGUUCUCCUCUCUCCUUGGCUAUGCCUGCACAUACCAUGCAAUACACCUCUUGCGUUAAGGUAUGGUUCUGUAGCGCUCUUGCUCAUCUCCACUGAAGUUUGUAAGACAUAAUACGUGGUAAUAAAAUAUUCACUUGAAUGUAGCUGAUAUGUAUGUUCUUUUACUACAAAAAUGUUUGAUUUCAGCAGUAUACAAAAAAUACCUUAUCGUAUGGUUACUAAUAUCUUUUGAGAGCUUGUCAUCUAAAAUAGUUUACAAAACUUGUUCUUUACGUCACUGUGGACUUUGCACUUCUCUGAAUAUUAGAUGCAAAUACAAUGUAUAUAAUUUAGAGUGGUGAACAAAUGUGUAUUUGUCCAUGGAAUUAGUAUUUUAUACUUGCAUGAAAAUGAGUUUAUAAAUAAAGUUUGUAAAUAGCAAGCCACAAUUAGUAGUUGGAAGGCUCUUAUAUUCAUUGCUUACUCACAGUAAAUUCACAGUUGAGCAGUACUGAGGCAGGAACAGAUUUCUGCAUUGAUGCUGCUGAAAAGAAGCAUGUUCUUUUUUGUGAUCUGGAGAUGGCCAUUGGUACUUACAUUACACGGGUAUUUACUGUUUAUUGCUAGUUCAAAAUGACAUUAGGUUAAGAAAACAAUUUGUUUAUUUCUAAUAAUAUUUGCUAAUAUUACUGUUUCCUGUGUGCUCUUUUGGCUUUGCAUGAUAAUCUUUUAAAUUGUUUGUAGUCCUAAAGCAAAUGUUUCACUGUAAUUCCCUAUGCAGUUUACCAAAUUUACGAUAGUUUUUCAGUUUAGUGACAUGAUGGGCAAUAAUUUAAUUGGCUGGAACUACACCAUUGUCUUGUAAAGUGUAUUAAGACAAAUGUCUUAUCCGGAAUCAAUACGAGGCUAUGAACUCUGUAUGUCAGUACUAUUGUUUACUUUUCUUGCACUGCACAAAGAGACGUGCUAAGGUACAAGUAUAAUUCAACAAGACUGCAAAUCUAUAAGGUAACAUCUGGAAAUAA